AUGCAAAGACUCUGGAAUCCAAGGCGUGCAGCUCGUCAGCCAGAGGUUGCCAGACGUGGUUUUGCGUGGCAUGCGCGCGACCCCAAAGGCGUGAAGCACAUUGAGACUCGCAACCAGGCGAGGGUGGCUUCCUACCUCAGGAGAACCAUGGAGGAAAUCUUCAACGCCUGCGAAAUAUCGUUGGAGAGAUUGGGCGAUGAGGAUAUGCAGUACCGGCUUUCAGUACAUGACGUGAUCAUGAGUCGUGGCUGCCGCGCUGCCUACAUCCACGUUGGUGCAUCCGGAGACAAACUUGAGCAGCGCCAAGCUUUCGUGUGGCUCUCUAGACACAAGGGCAAGCUCAAAACGGCACUUGCCAAGCGAUGGAAAAGGCGAAAGGCCAUUCCGCAAGUCUAUUUCCUGGAGUCGAAGUAUGAUGAGUGGGACGAGCAGUUUCGGCAAGCUCGGAAGUAUCCUGAGCUCAACGAACCAGAUCCAUACUCGUCCUUUCCCAGCUUCGUGCCCAAGUUCAUGGAGAAUGCGGCGGUGUUUCGAAAGCUCCGCAAGGAUGAUUCAUUGGUCAACUCCUCAGUGGGCGGAGUGUCUGCAUAG